AUGCAUCUCACUGGCCCCUUCAUACUCUGGACCCUUGUCAGCCUGUCAAUGAUACUUGCAGCCCCACCUGAAAACCAACUCCUGCUGCAUGAAACCCAAGAUUGCACUGGCAAAGUCUACUUGGCCAAGGGUAACCAACCAUGUAAAAACAACUGUGGGCCAUAUCUAUUGUUUAUCAAUUGCACUUGCUGGGAAUGUAACAAGACACACCAAGAGCCAGCAGAGAGUUGUGUCAGAUGUUCAAAACCAGCACUUGACCACACAUGGCAUCACCAAGACUGCAGCAAGCCUCAUGGUGCUACCAUAACUGUUCAAGAAGAAAUGCCACCCUGUACUAAGUGUCAAAGAAGAUUCUGGGCCCAACGCGAGAAGAUGGAAUGCAGAAAUUGCCACGCUAUCAACAAUAGCAUGACUUCUUGGCGGUCGCUGUGCAAUGAAUGUUCCAAAUAACCAACUAGAUAUGAGAGUGAAGCAGACUGCAACAAAUCAAUGGAAAAAAGGGGAAAA